AUGAUCGCGCAGUCUUUCGUCAGCUUCUUGCUUCUGGUACCUCACGUCCUUGCCUGCGCAGGACACGGAAACCACUAUGAACCCGGCGACAGGAGGCGCAAGGUGUCAGGUCCUGAGACCUUAUCCGAUUGGGCGUAUGAGGCCUCUUUCAACUGGGGCCGUAUUAACCCCAACUACAGCUUGUGCCAAACGGGCACGCAGCAGUCGCCUAUCGCGCUCAGUCUGAACAACGGACUAGCCUUGGACUACAAGAUCAAGUUCGCCUACUCAAACGAGACGACGGGCAACUUCUACAACUGGGGCUACGGCCCCGCCUUCACCGUCACACACCCCGAGGGGGUCUUCACCGGCAACCCGUCCUUCACCUACGACAACACGACGGUCUAUCUGAAGGGCUGGCACAUCCACUCGCCAGCGGACCACCCGGUCAACGGCGGCAGGUCCAAGGCGGAGCUGCACCUCGUCCACGUCGACGCCCGAGGCCACGACAAGGCCGUGCUGGCCAUCCGGCUCGACCCUGGCAACGCCCACAACAAAGACGCCUUCUUCGGCCAGCUCCCGCCGAUGAUUGGCUUCAAUGAUGCGGGGGUGCAGCAGCGGAUCAGCGUGGACCACACCCUGGCCCUCGACAGCGUGCUACUCUUCAACGAGUUCUGGACGUACCAAGGCAGCCUGACGAGCCCGCCUUGCCACGAAGGCAUCCGCUGGUUCGUCGCCCGCCAAGUCAUGUACAUGGGCGUCGAUCAGAUGAGGAGCGUCCUGGGUGCAAGCACCUAUAGCGCGAGGGCCGAACAAGAGGUUUGGCAGCACUGCAUCAACGAGGAGGGGGGGGCGAAGUUCUUAGGCCCAGGGUGUGGCCAAGGACCUAGACAGAGAUAG